AGCUAAGCGCGCCUUUCCUUGAAUUGCUGAUCACUAGAGGAACGGGAGAGGGGGUGCAUCGCUGGUCCGGCUGCUAGCCAGCCUGCUCUGGCGAGCGGGGAGAGGGAGACCAGCCGGAGCCGAGUGUGAGCUGCCGCGUGCAGGGGAGAGCCCAGGGUGAGAGGCUGCCUGCCUGCUGCUGCUUUUGGCGGCUGGGACUGGACGGUCAGUGUCCCUUUCCUGGUUUCUGUGGCUGCUGCCCUGUCUUGUUCUGUCCCCCUCUAAGCUGCAUCACGUUCCUGCUGCUUGUUUCUCUGCCCCUGAGGAAGGAAACUCCCCUGCAGAGUAAUAGUCAUUUUCAUUGGAUGAACCUGUUCUAAUAUUAAGGAAGGAGCAGAAAAACCUCUUUACUUCUAUAAGUCACAGACACGUCUUCUGUCUUCACUUAAAGAACAGUGCCUUGGCUUUUUAGGACUUUGUAGCCCCACCAAUUACAGCUGUUUCUGCCUUAAACAUCUGUUAGGAGAACAAAGGGACCCCACUAGAGACUGCCUUGGAGUGAGCAAUGGAGAUGGAAAAACAAGACCCAGCUGGCUGUGAAGCAAGAAGGGGCCUUCAUGUCAUCCAGGCUGGGAGCAAAGGGGAAUUCUGGGAAAAAGCUGUGCAGAUGAUCCUGAGUGAGGACCCCAUCAGCUCAGAGGCACAGCGUCGGCAUUUGUGGCAGUUCUGCAACCAGGAGGCUGAGGGGCCUCGAGAGGUUUGCAACAGACUUCGUGAUCUUUGCCAUCAGUGGCUGAAGCCAGAGCGGCACAUGAAAACUCCGAUUCCAGACAUGGUGAUUCUGGAGCAGUUUCUAACUAUCCUGCCUCCAGAAAUUGCGAACUGGCUCAGAGAAUGUGGACCACAAACCUGUUCCCAGGCAGUGGCCCUAGCAGAAGUUUUCCUGUUGAGUCAAGCAGAAGACAAGAACCAAGAAGAACAACAAGUGCAGGUGAAGUUAGAAGUGGACACUGACCCCACUGAUGCAGAGGAGGCUCCAACAGGCACCAACCAGAGACCACCAUUCAGGUGGAUUGUGGAAGAGGGUGAUGGAAGUGCCAUCCCAUGGGGUGAUGGGUGGAAGAGUGAGACUGAGGAAGAACCACACAGACCAUUAUUGGAGAGAGCUAACUAUAAGGAAGAGAGCCCGCAGAGCAAGACAACUGAAGCAAGAGAGAGAUGGGUGGAGGAAUCUUCUGCUUCCCAGCGUGAUGACUUCCAGGAACUCUCAGUCCAAGAAAAAAUAGACAAGGGAAAGGAAAGCAACAAGUGUCCUGUGUGUGGGGAAAUCUUCCAUUGGAAACCAAGCAUGAUGAGCCACCUGAAAACUCAUAUGGGGGAGAGACCGUUUCAUUGCCUCACAGGUGGAAAUAAUUUUAGGGAAGAAACUCUUCCUAUGACAGCAGGGGAGGAAGUGAUUGUGUUGGCUGCUACACACACUAGCCCAGCCAGAUCAGUCUCAUCAUCUUCCCUAAUCCCCUUUGUCAGUGCAGCCCCCCAUUCUGAGACUGAGGAGGAGCGGGAGGAACUCAUUCAGCUUCCUGGACAUUCUUGGAUCGAGGAUAGUGGUGGUGGCCCCCAGAAGGAACCAGCAGCCCCAGUACCACCACCUCCUAAACGGGGCCGGACUAGCUCUGAUGGCAGCGUUGUGUGGGACCACUUUGAGCUCUGCCCUGGUGACCCUACACAUGCUACCUGUACACACUGCAGGGCACAGGUCAGCAGGGGGAAGGACCCCAAGCGUCUGACGACGACGGGGAUGCUGAGGCACCUGCAACGGCGUCAUCUGGGUAUCCUUCCUCCUUCUGACAUCGCUAGAUGUGGCGUGCCCUCGACUAGCAACAGCAAAGCAGUGGCAUACCCAGUGGGCAAGCAGUCUGGUCACCCAGAGCCUCAUCUCAUCACUCGGGCCAUUGCAGAGAUGAUUGCUUUAGAUGACCAGCCAUUCCAGGUGGUGGAGAACGCUGGCUUCCGCCGGCUGCUCCUACUGCUUGCCCCCUACUAUAAGAUCCCCUCUCGCACCACCUUCAGUAGGUGGGUGGUGCCUUCCCUGUACCAGGCAUGCAGGGAGGCUGUGUCAGGGCUGCUGCAUGCAGCAGCGCCUGACACAAGCGUGCACUUCACUGCUGACCUGUGGACCAGCAGCAGUGGGCUGCACACUUUCCUGUCUCUCACAGCUCACUGGUGGGGGCAAGAGAGCGAGGGGACAUCUGCUGCUGGAUGUGUGGCCAGCCCUUCCCAUGGAGCCAAGCACAGGUGGGCUCUGUUGUAUGUGAAGGUAGUGGACACUAACCACACGACAGAUGAACUGUCAGUGGCCAUGAAUCGCCAGGUGGAGGGAUGGCUUUCCGGGCAGCCAAACCUUCACCGAGGGUUCAUAGUGACUGACAGUGGUCUGAAUAUAGUGAAGGCAGGAGAGCAGCUCCAGUUUGUGUCCAUCCAUUGUGUGGCGCACACUCUGAACCUGGUUGUGCGGGAUGCACUUGGCCUUUCUGGGGCUAAGGCCAGGCGAGGCAUCCGUGCUGAAGGCGCUAAGCGCCAGUCUGCUGCCGCCAUGGCUGCUCUUGUAGACAGGUGCCGCAGGAUUGCAGCUUUCUUCCACCGGAGCGAAAAGGGUAGGCAGAUGCUGAAGGAGAGGCAGGUUGAGCUGGGCCUACCUGAACACCUGAUCCCUCAGGAUGUUCCGACCCGGUGGAACUCCACCUUUCUCUUGCUCCAGCGCCUGCAGGAGCAAGAGCUGGCCAUCCACGGCCUGGCAAGCAGAAAUGGCUUGGAAGUGUGUGACCUAUCCACCCAGGACUGGGGGCUCAUUUCCGAGGUUGUCUUGACUCUCGAACCAUUCUUUGUUGCCACAAACAGUUUGUGUGCCGAGGCUGCAACGUUGAGCCAGGCUUUGCCCGCAGCUCUUCUCCUCGAGAAGACAAUGGGUGAGCUCCAGUCCACGCUGAACACUGAGGAAGCAAUCGCCUUGGCAGGUCGGCUGAGGACUGGAGUGGUGGAUCGGCUCAGCACACCCUUGGGUGAAUCAGCAGCACAUGUUUUGUCCUGCCUAUGUGACCCCAGGAUGAAGGGCAAAGCUGUCACCCCUGACCAGCUGCCCAGGUGGAGGGCCCUCCUGGUUGAAGAGGUUAGGCAAGCCCAGGAGAGGAGGCUGGGGCACAGCCAGGAGGAGGGUGCUGGAGUGCCUACUGCUAGUGCACAGUCCACUCCUAGCAGCAGCACCACCACCGCCUCCGGGUCCAGCAGCAUGGUGUCCCUGGCAGGGUCGGCAGAGCCGGUAGUUCCACCUCAACAUUCCACUCGGUGGUUCAAACAGAGGUCCCUUGGCGUCUUGCCAGGGUUACGGGAAGAGCCCUUCAGAAGUGCUGAGCAGAGUGUUCUGCAGUACCUGCAGGAGCCAGUAGCAGGUCUUGAGAUGGAGCCGAUCCAGUUUUGGGCAACACGAUGCCAGGUCUGGCCAGACUUGGCAACAGUUGCCAGACGGUUCCUCUCAUGCCCGCCCAGCACUGUCCAGAGCGAGAGGGUGUUCUCCAUGGCUGGGGACGUGGUGACACCCCUUCGCUCACGCUUGAAGGCUGACUUGGUGGAGCGGCUGGUCUUCCUAAAGGCCAACCUCCCCCUGCUGGGCUAUCCAGAGGGAACAAUGGGGAAACUCAAAACACCUCAUCGUUCAUCAUUGGUAGCUCCUAGGGAUACCAAAGUGAGUGGUGUGGUAGAGCAUGAUGGGUGCAACCUAUUGCCCAGCCCACAAAAGAAAUGGGCAAGUGGAUGAUUUUAAACAAAUGUUUAACCUUUCCCCAAAACCCACAUAGGAUGCAAGCCAAACUUGCAGGCCAUGGCUGCAUUCUGGCACUAGACUGAUUCCUCCUGGUUCGAGCAGUACUUUAACAUAUGCUGACCUGAUUUGGGAAUCAUCAGGGGACUCUCUGGCAGCAUGCAGCUAUGUUUCUGAUUAGCAUUUGGGCUGACUGGAAAACUGCAUUUUCUCAGAUAUGUUACAAAGAGGAGGGCUUCUCAAACGUGGGUCCCUGGGUGGUGUUGGACUACAACUUCCAUCAUCCCAAGUCUGUGGCCAUUGUGGCUGAGGAUGAUGGGGAUUGUAGUCCAGCAACAUCUGGAGACCCAAGUACAGGCACCCCUGUGGUUAUAAGAGAGUGGACAGGCAGUAUUGAUUGCAGCAGAACUGUGCUCCAUAGUGAGAACUUCACUAUUGAGGACGGCCCGAAUGGUGGUUGUGGCUGAUCCAAGCUGCUUUGGGAAUGUAACUGAUUUUACCUUUUUGCAAAGUUUUGUUGUGUUUUAAUUUGUAAACCACCCAGAGAUUUUAUAUGGAGCGAUAUAAAAAUGAUAAAUAAAUGCAAUAAAUAAAUAAAUACAGAAACUGAA